AUGGCGGGACGCGUUCCCCUUGGCUCGGGGGCUAAUCAGAAUAAAGUGUUCAUUGACUUGACUGAUGAGCCUGAACCAACUGAUUCUGAAAUGCCAAAGAAAUUGGCCCAGGGCAAGCUUCCAUUUGUGACUUUGGCUUAUCGGUCACCAACGGUGCCACUGAAAAGAAAGAACGUGGAUAUCUCUGAGGGGGUCUCUGAUGCCUCGUCAAGUGAUAUUCCCAAUAUCUCAACCGAUGUUCGCAAUGCACAGCGUCCGCGCCUGUCCCAUGCCCACCCUGAUCCAUCUACGCCUAGUCCCUCACCAAGCCUAAAGCCGUCUCAAAUCAGUGUUGUGAUUCCAUCCCCAACCUCCAAGCAAAGGCGCGAAAUUGCAAUUGCAGAAUGUCCUCCUGAUGUGAAUGGAAUGGACACGGACAUAUUUCCUACAACUGACGAAGAGGAAAGAGUCGCUAAAGCUGCAUAUCCUACUACUAAGGAUCGUGUUGACCGUCGUUCUGUGCCAUUGUCAUUCACCACAAGCUCGGUUCCCAACUUGGCAUCAUCUAAGGAAACUAAAUACCUUUCAAAGCUCCGUCGCACUCUUGACGAGAAGCUAAAGCGCAUCAAUGGGCCCACGGUCAUUCCGACUGUUGAUUCCCCGACACGACUUGCUAAACUAGCCGAUAACUUUGAGUUUGUCAACAGUUAUCAGUACCGUGAGGGUGUUGAACGGAUUCCCGAUGAAUCUGAUUUCAACAUCGGAUGUGCAUGCCCUGAGGAUGUUGGCUGUGAUCGUUUUAUAUGCGAUUGCCUGAGUAAGGAAGAAGACUCGGAAGAUCGUAUCGUCCCUUAUGAGAUCUGCGAAAGCAACCGUAAAUUGAUUGUCGCAACCAAGAGUUUCCUCAAGCGCCUUCGGUCCCCAGACUUAAUUCACCGUGGGCAAUUUAUCGACCUUUACCUCGGUGAGGUGAUCACCAAGGCUGAAGCCGAUGAACGCGAGAACCUAACCGAUGGUUCCCAUACACAAUCCUACCUUUUCUCUUUAGAUUGGUAUGUGAAGGAUGAUGAUGACGAAGAAAAAAACAUGAAAGUCAUCGAUGGCCGCAAGUUCGGCUCGGCAACUCGAUUCAUGAACCACUCCUGCAGCCCUAACUGCAAAAUCAUUCCCGUCUGCACCACCAAUCACGCAGAUGAAUACCUCUACAACCUUGCUUUCUUUGCGAACCAAGAUAUCUCCCCUGGCACUGAGUUGACAUUCGACUAUAACCAGGGCGAGGAAAACACUACUCCUCAGAAGAUUGACCCAGAAGCUGUGCAGUGCCUAUGCGGUGAAGCCAAGUGCCGGGGCCAAUUAUGGCCCAACAAGCGCAAGGGCCAAAUCUAA